ACAAUUGGACUAUCUGAAAACCAAAUUGGAUCUGAGAGAAAGAGAGCGAGAGAUGGAUCUCGACGAAGAAGCUCCGGUGCCUUCCGUAUUGGCCGCCAUGAUCUCCGAUGACCACAAUCCACACGCUUCUCCUCACUUUCAUCAUUCUAUAUCAAUGGCGAGGAGGAGAUUCACAGUGAUUGGAUUCUCGUUCCUCCUUUUAGUUGGUACGACUUUAUCAGCGAGAUCUGAUCAGGAAACCAGAGAGCGCUUCUACGGCAACGUUGUCAACUCCACGGCUCCGGGAAACGGCGAAGGGAGUAUCGCUAAAAUGUUCGAUCGAGUUCUCGAGAAAGAGUUCUCCGAAAACGAUCAGCCUGAAGGAUCGGAUGGAGGAGCCAGCUUUAACAGCAGUGUUGCUGAUCAACAAGCUGAAAUAGAGACUGUAGCAAAAGUAACGCAUGAGAAGGGCAAACGAAAUGAUACUCAAGAAAAUAAUGGUACGAGACCAUUCCAACUUCAAGAUGUGUUUUCCUUGGAAAAUGAAGAUUCUGAUGAUAUGACUCUUAUUGACAAAAAGAACAAUGUUUUUGUCAUGUCGAACAAAAAAUCUAAGUAUCCCAUACUUCAAGUAGACCUGAGAUUGAUAUCAGAUUUGGUUGUCAUUAUUGUUUUUGCUGCGAUUGGUGGCAUUGUCUUCUCGUGUCUUGGACAACCGGUCAUUGUUGGAUAUCUUCUGGCGGGGUCAAUCAUUGGGCCAGGAGGACUGAAAUUCAUCAGUGAAAUGGUUCAGGUUGAAACUGUGGCCCAGUUUGGUGUUGUUUUCCUCCUUUUUGCUUUGGGCUUGGAGUUCUCAAUGACUAAGCUGAAAGUUGUUGGCCCAGUUGCUGUCCUUGGAGGACUUUUUCAAAUCGUAUUACUGAUGUUUCUGUGUGGUGUAACUGCAUUGUUAUGUGGAGCAAGGUUAUCGGAGGGUAUUUUUGUUGGUGCUUUUCUGUCUAUGUCAUCAACAGCAGUGGUGGUAAAGUUUUUAGUGGAACGGAACAGUACAAGUUCUCUCCAUGGUCAAGUCACGAUAGGGAUACUUAUCUUUCAGGACUGUGUUGUUGGUUUAUUAUUCGCACUGCUUCCAGUUUUGGGUGGUAACAGUGGUUUACUACAAGGGAUUAUAUCAAUGGGAAAGCUGCUCCUGAUAUUGUCAAUAUUUCUCACUGUUGCAUCUCUACUAACGUGGUCAUUUGUGCCUCGCUUUCUGAAGCUAAUGAUUCAGUUAUCAUCUCAAACAAAUGAACUUUACCAAUUAGCUGCUGUGGCGUUCUGCUUACUAUCUGCAUGGUGCAGUGAUAAGCUGGGUCUUAGUCUUGAGUUGGGAUCAUUUGUGGCUGGUGUUAUGCUGUCCACAACUGAGUUUGCUCAACAUACACUAGAGCAGGUGGAACCGAUUCGUAAUUUGUUUGCCGCUCUCUUCCUGUCAAGUAUCGGUAUGCUCAUAAAUGUGCACUUUCUAUGGAACCACGUGGAUAUCCUUCUGGCAUCUGUGAUUCUAGUCAUAGUUGUUAAGACAGCAAUUGCAGCGAUAGUGGUUAAGGCUUUUCGGUACAACAUCAAGAUAUCUUUCCAUGUGGGGGUACUUCUUGCUCAGAUCGGCGAGUUUGCCUUUGUUCUGCUAAGCCGAGCAUCAAACCUGCACGUUAUCGAGGGGAAAAUGUAUCUCCUCCUAUUGGGAACAACAGCUCUGAGUCUCGUGACGACUCCAUUGUUGUUCAAGUUGAUACCGAGUGCAAUGAACCUGGGUGUCAUCCUUCGAUGGUUUCCUUCUGAGAAUAGCUCCCCGAACGAGAGUAUGCAGGAGAAAGCAUCGAUGAUAGAAAUACAUAACAGAACCAACUGACAUCUCCUUUGUACAUAUAGUCUGAAGAUUACAAGACAGCUUUUUGAUCCGACGAAACUGGACCAUGCCACCAAUUUACAAUUGACCAGAUCAGUCUUUACCAAGACCUGCCUUUGUUUUUCUUAAUGUUAUCUUUUGUGGUAAAUCGUAUAUAAUUAGUUUACACUAGCUAUAGCCAUCCGUGUAGUCCAAGCGGCUUUAGCUUAUUAUUUGGUGUAACGAUACUAAUCCAGGUCUCUUAUUGUAUUGAAUCUCAUAACCAUUACAGGUAUUGACGUUUUGUUUACUACAUA